UCUUAGUUUGUUAAUUACCAAAAGCGUGGGAUACGCGAUAUGCCGCGUAAAGUACUUACUUCAACUACCUCUAAGUGGGAGCAGGCAUAUCCUUCAAGUUCAUCCAAAAUUCCCGCCUUCGCGUUCCAGAAACCACCUCUGACAGGCUCCGAUUAGAUCCAAACUUGCAUUUUGAGUUUGGUCUUGGCUUUUUUCUUUCUGAUCUUCUACAUCUGUCACAUCCCGCAUAUCUGUUCCGUAAGGAGCUAAAACUUACUCCUUCGCUGCCUUCUGGCUGCCAGUCGGACCGUCGGUUUCAGCUUACACAUUUAUCAUUCAUCACGUCUUUUAACCGAAUCAACGUCGGCCGACGUCAUCAUGUCAUCCUCAGUACCUCUGAUGGAUGCUAGACUUGUUACUGACUUGCGGCAAUCGAUUCAAGAUUGCGCAGAAAGAGGCCUGACAGUUGCAUCCAAAUGGUCUUCUGAACUCUAUUACGCCAUUCCUUCAAACAAACGCGACACUUUGAUUUCCGAAGCAUUCGCCACUUUCUCGACAUCUACUCCCGCCCGCUCUCGCUCUCCUAGACCCCCAUUGUCCUUUGUGGAUCCAUCACUUGAUUCCGCCGCUGCACUAUGUAUCCCUGUUACUCCUGGAAACCAGACCCAUCUUCUGCCACACUCCCCUGAUGUCCGUGCUCAAGAAACUGAGUGGGAAGCACAGGAUGAAGCUGCCUUAUUUGCUGCCCAGGCUUUCAUGGCAGCGAAAGAGUUCACAAGGGUCGAAUUCACCGUAAAGAAUUGCAAGAGUGCCAAAGCACGAUUUAUCUACCUUUAUAGUUGCUUUUUGGCUGCAGAACGCAAGGCGCAGCGAGAUUGGUACAGACAAAAUAAUACUCGGGGUCAACCCCCCGUUCCCAUAAAUCGUCUGCUUCCAACUCUUCUAGAAAGGGUCAAGAACGCCACAGAUCCUUGGCUUCUUUUCCUGAAAGCUGUGUUCUUAUCACGGCUCAACCGUCGAGAGGAAGCCAUUGAAAGUAUUAUACGGUCCAUCAGUGGUUACCACUGGAACUGGUCAGUAUGGACCCUCUUGUGCAGCUGUGUUGGCGAUGGCGAUGAGUUAUCAGCACUCCUUCCGUUGUUGCCUCUUCCUGCAACUCAUCCCCUCAUUAUAAUGUUUCAAAUUCGAACGAUGAACGAACUCCACAGUCCAUCAGAAAACGAGCUGGCCAUGUGCGAUCGUCUUCUUGGGGAUGACUGUUUCCGCGACAGUACUUGGGUCAUGAGUCUACGGGCUUGUGCCUUAUACCAUUUACAUGACUUCGGACAGGCAGAAAAACAGUUCGAAAAAAUCCUGGCGAUUGCUCCGUACCGUUUCGACGAUAUCGACGUCUACUCCAACAUACUCUAUGUUACCGACAAUCGGCUGAAGCUUUCUAGGCUAGCGCAUGAAUUUCUCGAACUCGACAAAGAUCGGCCAGGAAGUGUGCUGCUUGGAAAUCAUUAUUCCCUUCGUGCAGAGCACGAGAAAGCGGUCAAAUAUUUCAGACGGGCGACCGAGCUGGAUCGAACUUAUUUGUCUGCGUGGACAUUGAUGGGCCAUGAGUACGUUGAAAUGAAGAAUUCGCACGCCGCCAUCGAAGCCUAUCGUCGAGCAGUUGAUGUGAAUCGGAAAGACUACAGGGCGUGGUACGGUCUAGGCCAGGCUUAUGAAUUGCUAAGCAUGCACCGAUAUGCGCUUUAUUACUAUCAGCACGCGACCGCUCUCAGGCCAUAUGAUGUCCGCCUGUGGCAAGCCCAAGGUGCUUGUUACGAAGAAAUCGGCAGGCUAAAGGAGGCCGUUGAAUGUCUGAAGCGUGCUUUGCUUGGUGCUGACCCUCGUGAGACCACCAUUCACUUGAAACUGGCCAAAUUGCAUGAAGAGCUGGAGGAGCAAGCGGAGGCCGCAGCCUACCACCGACGGGUUGUGGAAAUAUGUCGCAUCGAAGAACGACCUGUCCAAGACUAUGCCAAGUCGAGUAUAUUUGUCGCCCGCCACCACAUGAUGAUUGCGGGAGGGGAUUUACUGCUUGCCAAGGAUUACCUGGAACGUGUUGCAAAUAGCAAUGCUGAAGAAGUUGCUCAGGCGUCUGAUUGGCUGAAGAAGCUAAAAUCUGUACUCAUCACACGGCCACCCAUCUCAAUUGCUGAGGAAAAUUUUGACCGUUGAAGUAUCGAGAGUACCUACCUGUAAUGUUUUUUAAAACGAAAAUUGAAUACCGUACUCCUCGAAGAGGCUUGCC